GUGAAGCAGAUGUAGAGAGCCUUGCCAGCACAGAUAUUUCCGUGCUGGAUGAGGAGAAGGAGAAAAUUGCUGAUGAAGAAACAGACCUCUCUCUGGCCUCCUCGCCUUCACUCCCAGAUGAUCUUCCAGCAAUAAAACCUGACACCCAGUACCGCCAUACCCCAGACAGAGACCUCAACUCUCGGCUGAACAUCGUGGUUGCACUCACACUGGCCUGUGUACUUGGGCUUGGCUUAGGACAUUUCCUUGGCCUAGUGGAUCUGUCUGUGGAGAGCAUUGACAAAGGUUGGUCCAGCCGCAGUAUGUGGCAAGACACACUGAACUCUGCUCAGGUACGUAAACUGCGAGAACUUCAGGAUGACUUGGUGAGCUGCAUGAACUCACCCUUACAGCCCCCUCCUGCCCCUGCUCCUGGAUUCUCAUUUGACACCCCUCAGCCCCCCCUAAUGGACACAUACCCCCCUGAAGCAGACUUGCAUGAGUCUGCUUACCCGGGUGUAGAUGCACCCUUUGUGCCAGUCCUGCCUGAGAGUGAGGAAAACCUGCUGAUUGUGGAGUCUUUCGUAGAGUCCUUGGUGACCCCCCUAGAGGAUGCCGGGGUGGUGCUCAGUGCCACCAGGAGGAAGGCUGACAUGGCAGCCCUCAACCAGGGGCCUGCAGAGGGCUUCGGGGUGGCCACUGACCCCACCUUUGCAACCCCAGACCUUAUGCGGGAGGAGGACUUCGAGGCCAGCCUAUCCAGAAGUGUGGCAGAGGACAGGAACAUAUUCAAGGAGGAUAAGGAAAUUAUUGGAAGUGUGCAGGAUGAAGAUGCAGAGGCUGACGAGGUCAAAGAUGCAUGCAGCCAAGAGAGCUGUGAUCCCUUGAUCCGAGAGGAGGGUGUACAGGGAACAACCGAGAGUCCUGUCCUUCCUCCUCUGGACCAGUCUGGGCAAGAUGACAUUGUUGAAGACGCGUGUGAUGAGGAUUUGGCUGCUGCAGUAGAGAUAGAAAACCUGCAGCUCAUUGAGAAGAUGAACCAGGAGAAUGGGAAUCUUGAGUUGGAAGUCUCACGACUUCAGCAAGAAAAUGUCACACCAUUCAAGAUCACAGGCAAGGAUGGGAAACAUGCAAGAGACCUACGGGAGCGCAUAAAUCGGCUCAUAGUAGAGAAUGAGGAGCUGCGCAUGGCCAUAGGGAAGCUGCAGUUCUCUAGCCUUCCCGAUGGGGACACAGGUGCCUUCAACACUGCCCUUGACAAGAACUACAACCUUCGCGUUGCAGUUGGAAAGCUCACGUAGGUCUUCUCAAAAUU